GGCAAAAUCAUCUUCAUUUCAGCCUGGACUUGUACUGCGUAUCUCCCCUAAAUUUCAAAACCCUAGGAGUACUAUUUCUCUCCAAUUUGUUUGCUUCUAUAUUAGAAAAUCUGAUUGCUGUUAAUACUGACUCAUUGUUAAAUGAAGAUGCUUUAAAUUUAUUGUCAACAUUGGAGUGAUGCAGCUGAGGUUUACGGUUCAAUCGCAUUGAUCAGAUAAAUUUUCUCCUAUUCUAUAAAGGAAAGGAAAAAGUAUUAAUUGAGCUAUCCACUUACGAGGCCAGAGUUGAAUCUGCAAAUCACACUUGGCGAUUUGGCAAUUCCAAUCAUGGCGGACGAGAAUCCAGAUAAUCGGCAGCAAGAAGAUUCCGCCGUCGGAGAUGGCGGUGAUAAAUGCGGUAUUGCUGACGAUACAAACACUGCAAGUAGCUCAAAUUCAGCAAUGGCAGAUGGUUUGUCUCGGUUGAUUUCAUCUGUCAUGACUGCCUUCGAUUCCCGAGCAGAAGCCACUGGCCGGAGCCAAGAUCAACUCGCCUUCGCACUCGAUCGUCUCACCGGAGAGCUUGACAAGUUGCUAGAGGAUGCUCCAUCGCCGUUUAUUAUGCAGCACGCAGCUAAGAUUUCUGGUGUUAGGAAAAGGGUUAAAUCGUUGAAUAGUGUUUUGAAGUCCAUUCAAAGGCGGAUUGAUAAUAUGGAUCGGAUGCUGUCUGCUGGAUUAGCUCAUGGUAUGAUAUUAUUCCUUCACCCUUUUUUUAUUUCUAUAUGCGUCAUUUUCCUCGUCUCAACAACACUGCCAUCACUUUGAUGUACAUCUAUCAUUAUGUUAAUUUGUUACCAAACCAAACCGAAAGUUCUUACUGAUUUUAUGCGAAGGUUUAUGUAUUUUGGUGGGGAGGUGGGUUGAUAGAUGGAUGAUUAAUAGGGAAAAUGGAUGUAUUAAGGCUGAGAAAUUUGACUCAUCUUUUUUUCACCGUUGUCAAAAGUCAGUAUGUCAAGUUAAAAUCUUGUUCUUCAGUUGCUUGUACGUUUCUCCGGCUACUUUCCUCGUGGAGAAACAAUCUGUUACCAAAAUAUCUUCCAAUUUUCUUAUGAAUUGUGAGUAGGUGCAGAAGCAAUGGCGGGUGAAAGCAGUGAGCAGCAGCAUGCUCAAUAAGGCAUCACUUGAAAGCAGUGGCAGGAAUUUACAUCUCACUUGUUGUAGUUAAGAUAUUGAUGGAAACAACCAAUUGAGAAACUAGAAUACAUGCUGAUGACUGCUGCCAUGAGCAAUCGUUUUAAUCUCUUUUGGGGAUAGUUUUUUGUUGGUUUGCCUAAGUAUUUUUUAUUUCUUCUCGUGAGAAGUGAUGCAUUUGUCAUCUUGUACGGUGCCAGUUACUAAUUCGAUAUGGUUGUUCAACAAUACUGCCCUCACAACCCCAUUAGUGUAUGCUUCUCUCUCUGAAAA